CUAUUCUGUGUCAUAGUACAGUGGCCUCUGCUAUAUAAGAACCGUUUCUCUGAUAGAUAAGAACAUAAUACUACAACGGCCUGCAAGCUGCAUAGAAAAAUUAAGACCUCUUCUGUGACACUUGACAAUAAAAAGUGCAAUUUCUGCUGUACAGAGAAUGGCAUCAAGAGGGUUUUUAGACGUUGUUGCACGAUUUCGCAAGCCAAGAGCAGUAAACACAAUUCCUAAUACUGUUAUCCUCCACCAAUUUUUUCCUAUCGGGGGAAUCCCGAGCGCUUCGCCACCAUGCCUAAAGUUGGAGACGUUUUUACGUAUGUCGAAAAUCCCCUACGUUAACAGCUAUGGGGUAGAAUUUUCGAAGAAAGGAAAAAUUCCUUGGAUAAGCUACAACGACACAGAUAUAGCUGAUUCAAACUUUUGCAUUGACUUUUUAAGCAAAGAAUUCAAGGUGGAUUUGGAUGAGGGCCUAACUGACAAGCAACGUGGAGCAUCAUUGGCCAUUCGUAGGAUGUGUGACGAAAACACAUACUGGGGCCUAGUUCAUCACAGAUGGAAUGAUGAAUUUGAAAAAACAAGAAAAUUUUUCAAAAUAUCAAAGAUAGAUUUUCUUGAUAAAUUCAUUUGCAAAUUGAUUAGAAACAGAAUCAGGGCACAAUUAGCAGGACAUGGAAUCGGCUUGCAUUCUGGAGAUGAGGUAUAUUUUUUGGUGAACCAAGACAUCAAAGCACUUUCAGGUUACCUUGGAAACAACAAAUUCUUCAUGGGUGAAAAGGCAUCUCUUGUUGAUGCAUCUGUUUUUGGUAUAAUGGCCAGUUUUCUGUGGGUGGAUACAGCAUCACCUAUGAAUCAGAUGAUUAAAGAAAACUGUACAAACAUCGAAGAUUUCUGCAAUAGGAUGAAAGACACUUUCUGGCCAGAUUGGGAUUCUGUUGCGUCAAAGAAAAAGCUGAAAUCCAAACUUUAAAUGCACAGAUAGCCAAAACACUAAUCUUUAUACUCUUUUACAAAUCACAAAUCACUGCUUUCCAUGAUAACUGCUAACACCAUCAAUGAAAAAGCUCUUUGGGUCUUUUUUGGGAUACCUUAAAAAUUGGGACAUGCUCAAGGUACUUCAAGGUUUAGAAUUGUGGAAAAAUGUUUUUGUAGUAUACUUUCAGUAUAAAUUUUUCAGGUUUGCAAAAGGGUGGAAUAUUUUUUCAGGUCUCGGUACAGUGUGAUGCCAAAUGGCACUAUAUUGUCUUUGCUGAUAAAUUGAAAUGCAGCAAAAAUUUCUAAAUAUCCUGCAUAUGCCACCAUUAGCAGUUUAAUAUAUUAGAUGAAAAAGGACAACAUAUACAAAUUCUUAUAUGUUUACUUAAAUGCAUGCACAAAUGCCUCAUAUAAUGAGCUAAAAAAAGUUUUUUUGGUCUAAUUUCAAUAUUUACAAUGCUUUUACAGGAAUUAUUUUGCAUUCAAUUCCCCCCCCCAAAUGAAGCACCUCUGUCCUGGGAAAAGCAGUGCAUCCCCUUGGUUUUAAUAUAAAGUGGUAUUUGUUUUAUUAACUUGCUAUCAUUUGGAAGGCCAUUUUGGCUUGAUGUUUGUUAUUUGUUUUCUGGAAUAAAAAAGGAGGACUUUUCAGCUUAAGGUUUUCAAAUUAUUUGUUUGGC